GCAUCCAGGUUAGUGGGGAGAGGCUUGGGCUGGAACUAUCAAUAGAGACAAGGAGGAGGCCCUUUAGAGGAGGAUGCAGGAAAAAUGAGCAGGAUGUAGGGACCAUCUGGGCUCUGAGGAAUCCAGCAUUGAUGGAGGAGAAACAGCAGCUGGCAGAGGAAGCAGAGAUGGGGCAGUCAGAGAGGUCAUAGGGAACAAGAAGGGUGCAUUAUGAUUCAGUUCCCGGAUUGGUGCCGGGCAUGUGCAAAUUGCUUGUUAAAACUCCAUGACCCUGGGUAGGAAGAUAAGAAAAUUGAGGCUCAUCAUAGACCAUCACUUGCUCAAGGUUACCAACCCCAAAUCUAUCUGUGACUGAAACAGAAUGAGAACUCUGACCCUGACACUGAAGGUAUGAGCAGAGAAAAGAAGUUCACAAGGGUGUCAGAUGAAGAGCAUCGGCCCAGGGGAACAUUCUGGCUUUUGAGAAAUAAAAUCCAAGGGUCAGAGUUGGAGGAGCCAUGGGGUUGCUUGGAAGCAGAGGUGAGGAGGGACUGACAUCUCAAGAGCUGGACAUGUGUCCUCCUGCUGGGGCUGGAGGAAGCCGCUGUCCUUGAAGAGGAAACUGCAUGCACAAUAACAAGUCACAUGGCCAGGGGAGGGGGCUUCCUGUUUCCCGGCCCCUCCCAGGCUGGCCUUGGCCAGCCCAAGGCCUGAGCGGGCAGUGGCCAGAGUGACCCCAAGAGUGUCCAGGGACUCGGUCCUCUGACCAAGAUGCCCCCAGAAGAACAGAGCAGUUGAAUGCGCUGAGGGGACAAAACCCCAGGAUUGGGAACUCUGGCUCAGGAGAGCCCUGGAGAGGAGAGGGGACUGUUAAACUCUUGGUCCCAAGCCCAGAUAGGAGAGGGAGGGGAGCAAAGAGGUAGUGAAAAAUAAAGGAGGCAGAGGAGAAGGAAGCGGUCAGGGCAACCUUGAGAAGUAGUGAGCUGCCUGUCAAGGGAGGCAUUCAAAUGUGCCAAAUCCACAUUGAUAAUUCCGGAUCCUUUUGGAGAAGGGAAAUCAAUGCCCAUUUCACAGAAGAGGAAAUUGAGGCUGUAAUUUGCUUUAAGCUGAGAUCAGGCUGUGGUUUUGGUGGGUGAGGAAGGAGAAGGAGUCAGAGGACACCGAUUUCUGGAUAAUGAGUGCCAGGGCCACAAGGCCCAGAAGCCGGCGAGGGAGGCACGCUCUGCCCGGUGAGCUGGACCCUGUGGCAGAGAGUUCAGAGGAGGCUGAGGCAGCCAGCAGGAGUUCUGAGCUGGGCCCAGUGCCAUCUCAGGAUAGCUGCAAUCCAGAGUUGCUGGGCCCUGAGGCAGAGGCCAAAGGGCAGAGCCUGGAGAGCAGGACUGACAAAGAAGUUGAUGGGGACUCUAGCAGGGGACCAGCCCUAGCCCCCGAGGGGCCCCAUGAGCCUGUUGAGGAAGCCCACCAGGCCCCAGGGGCAGCCCCACGAGAUGGGGAGACUCUUCUCUCUGGAUUUGGAGCCCCCGAUGUGUUUCAGACUCUCCAGCAGGCUCUGAGCUCCCUGGAGGCAGCUGCUGCUGCCUGGCGCCGCCGGCCCCCAAGCUGUCCUAGGCCAACGGAGGCAAAGGACAGAAGUGAGGGGGAACCGAGGCCCUGCUUGGAGAAGGAGGGGGCUGGGGGUUGCCAGCGGGAGGCAGCCCGGUUGGCUGAAAGGAAUGCCUGGCUGCGUUUGGCCCUGGGCAGCCGGGAGGACGAGCUGAACCGCACACAGUCUUCACUGAAGGUCAUUCAGGCUGAGAAGAAGAUGCUGCAGAGAGAGGUCCAGGAGCUUCAGGAUUCCCUGAUGAGGCUGGAGCCCUUCCCUUCUCCCUCCUGUGACCAAGCACGCGGCUCAGGCAGUGGUUCCAGCAGCUCUGGGGUGGACGGAGAGACCUGGGGCACUCAGGAUCCCUUCUCCCUGGCUCACCCCCUACUCCGGCGCCUCCAGAGUGAUUCCAGCACCCAGAUACUCGGGCCUCUCCCCACCCAGCCCCUUGCUCCUGAGAUGCACAUCAUAGAAACCCAGAUGGGGCAGCUCCGGGGGAACAUUGAGAAGCUCAAAUGCUUCAACCGUCUGCUGUCGGCUGUGCUCCAGGAAUACAAGGGCCGAUGUGAGGGCCUCAGCAUGCAGCUGGGCCAGCGGGAGGCUGAGGCCACUGCUCUGCGUCUGGCCUUGCAGUAUAGUGAACACUGUGAGGAGGCAUAUGGGGCCCUCCUCACUCUGCGGGAGGCAGACUCAAGAGCAGGAGAAGAUGCCUUCAUGGGUGACUUGGAGGUGGCUGAGAAGGAAGCUCAGAGGCUGCUAGUGCAAGAGAAGGCUGCCAUGGACGGAGGGACACUGCAGGAUCCACAUCCAAGCCCCGAGGGCAGCAGCGUGGAUAGGCCCACACCACAGGAGGUAGCUGCCCAGCUCCAGGGCUAUGUCCAGCGUCUCCAGGAGCGCCGUGCUCUAGUGAAGAUUACCCCAGAGCCUGGUCCCCCAUUGGCACCUAUAUCCACUGUGCCCCAUGCGGAAGCCAUGGUGCAGGCCAUUCUGGGGACCCAGCCUGGCCCAGCCCUGCCCCGGCUGGAGAAGAUGCAGAUCCAGCAGGACCUGGCGGCCACACGGGAGACCCUGGCAGACCUGAUGCUGCGGCUACAGCUGGUGCGGCGAGAAAAGCGGGCUCUGGAGCUGCGGGAGGCUGCCCUCCGAGCCCAGGGUCCAGCCCAUGUGCUCCUGCUGGAGCAGCUGCAGUGGGAGAAGGCACAGCUCCAGACUGGUGGGGCCAACAGCAGUGGCGGAGACAGCAGUGGAGGUGGGAGCAGUGGGGACGAGGAGGAGUGGUCCCAGGGCCCUCCUGCUGUCCCUGGUGGCAGCAGGGGUACUGAUGGAAGCCAAGGGGGAAAAGUGCAGGACCCAGGGGACCUGGCCCAGGAACUAUCAGCGUCACUCACCCGGGCUCUGAGCCUGCGGGAGCAGCUGCAGUCUCUGCGGGAAGAACUAGAAGAGGUGGCUCAGAAGGGGCGAGCCAGACGUGCUCAGAGUACUGAACUGAACAGUGAUUUAUGCAGAGCUCACAGUGCCCUGGUCAUGGCAUUCCGAGGUGCCCACCGGAAGCAGGAAGAGCAACGGCGGAAGAUGGAGCAGCAGGUGGCACUAAUGGAAGCCCGACAGGCAGAGGAGCUGGCAGUGCUAGAAGCCACAGCAAGGGCCCUGGGGAGGCCCAGACUGCCCUGCCGACCUCCCCGGCCAGGGGAGACCUUUCUGUAGGCCCUGCUCUGGCCGUGUCUGGACAUGCCAGAUAGCUCUGGCAGGUCAUGUCAUAAACUGUCCUGGAGUAAUGUUAUGUUA